UUCCUUGGCCAGAGCAGCCCCAGGAAGAAGGUGAGUCACCACCCAGCAGCAUGACGGAACUGGAGACAGCCAUGGGCAUGAUCAUCGACGUCUUUGCCCGGUACUCAGGUGGCGAGGGCAACGGGCAUAGCCUGAGCAAGGGGGAGCUGAAGGUGCUGAUGGAGAAGGAGCUCCCCGGCUUCCUGCAGAGUGGAAAGGACAAGGAUGCUGUGGACAAACUGCUCAAGGACCUGGAUGCCAAUGGAGAUGCCGAGGUGGACUUCAGCGAGUUCGUCGUGUUUGUGGCUGCACUCACAUCUGCCUGUCAUAAGUACUUUGAGCAGGCAAGACCCAAAUGAUGCCCUGGAGA